UACACAGCUGAACGUGGUCGCGUUAAACUCGUCAUUUGUCGGGUUUACUAACGUUAACCCGCUCGUGUCACGAUAACACAGUUUAUUCUUCACGAAUCCGACGUCAGGGUGCUGCUCCUCGUCUUCAUUAAAAGUGGUGUUUAACGAAUCAUGAAUUACGCUCGGUUUCUCACCGCUGUGAGCGCAGCUAGAAAGCCCUCUCCUAUCCGGAUGCUGACCGAGCUGCAGCAGCGGUCUCCUCCGUCCCUGAUCUCUUUGGCCGGAGGAGCGCCCAAUCCCAACACCUUCCCCUUCCAGUCCGCAUCCAUCAAGCUGAAGAACGGGCCGACGCUCAACUUCGACAAGACCACGAUGAAGAGGGCGCUGCAGUACUCUGCCUCCAACGGAAUCCCCGAGCUGCUGACGUGGAUGAAGAGCCUGCAGGAGGACCUCCACAAGCCGCCGACCCAGACGGACAUGUGUGUGACCACGGGGAGCCAGGAAGGGCUCUGCAAGGUGUUUGAGAUGCUGGUCAACCCCGGAGACAACGUUCUGCUGGAUGCACCCACGUAUUCAGGCACACUGGCGGCGCUCCAGCCGCUCGGUUGCAACCUGAUCAAUGUUGCCAGCGAUCAGCACGGCAUGAUACCUGCAGCCCUGAAGGAGGUUUUGUCUCGGUGGGACCCCUCAGAGGUCCAAAAGCCCGGCAGCACCGCCCCCAAGAUCCUCUACACCAUCCCCAACGGAGGAAACCCCACCGGUGCCUCCAUGACCUCUCAGAGGAAGCAGGAAGUGUACAAGCUGGCCCGGCAGUACGACAUGCUCAUCAUCGAGGACGACCCCUACUACUUCCUGCAGUUUGACAAGCCGUGGGCUCCCACGUUUCUCUCCAUGGACGUUGAUGGGAGGAUCCUCAGGACAGACUCCUUCUCUAAGAUCCUGUCUUCAGGGCUGAGGAUCGGUUUCGUAACCGGUCCCAAACCGCUGGUGGACAGGGUGGUGCUGCACAUCCAGGCCUCCACGAUGCACACGAGCACCUUCACGCAGCUCAUGGUGUCUCAGUUGCUGCACAGCUGGGGCCAAGAGGGUUUCCUCCAGCACAUAGACGGGGUGAUUGAGUUUUACAGGAAACAACGCAAUGCCAUGAUCAGCUCUGCAGACAAGUGGCUCAAAGAUGUAGCAGAGUGGCACACCCCGUCGGCGGGCAUGUUCCUGUGGAUCAAACUAAAGGGCAUAGCCGAUACCCAACAGCUCAUUAUGCAGAAAGCCUUGGAGAAAGAGGUACUGCUGGUUCCUGGAGGCGUCUUCAUGAUCAACAGUAGCGACCCCUGUCCCUACGUCAGAGCAGCCUUUUCUCUCUCCACACCAGAGCAGAUUGAUGAGGCUUUCAGAAGACUCUCUUCUCUCAUCAAAGAGGCGAUGUGAUCAAAUAUCUAUUUUUCCCUAAAAGAUGCUGUAUUUUUUAACUAAUUGUUUAAAGCUUCUAUUUACAAAUGCAUUAAUAAAGUGUUCAUAUAUUUUGA